AUGAGCUUGCAUUACACACAACAACACCGCACCAUGGGCGAGCGCCGGUUGCAUCACUCCGAGAUGCGCCAAAAAGCUAAUCUGCGUGAUACCUUCUUCGGCCUCAAGAGCGAGCCGCAAGACCGUCCCAUUUCCGUCGCAACAGAGUUUGUCGACACGGAUUGGGACGAGGAAAUCAUCAGUGAGGCAGAAGACAACUCACCACGUCACAGCGUCAACUCGUCUGGUGGCCAGCCAAGUAUCACUACGCUCUCUUCGUACGAUGAGGUGCCAACCCCAAGGUCAAGUCAAAGUCGCGUGGGCUAUCUCGAGGGGAUAUCGCCACAGGCCGUUGAGGGUCCUAGGGGGCCGCAUCUGUUCCGCAGCUCAACGACGCAUUCGUUUGAGGAGGAGGCCAUCCUGACACUGUCGCCCAUCACGCCCAAGACGGCGCUUCCCUUCAGCGAGAGCAUGCACUUUAUGAUGCACGAGCCUCUCCCGACUGUCCAGUCCCUGCCACCACGACGUCGCAGCAGCCCUACUGCGCGCUUCACCACGGCCGAACUGGACUCCUCGAACCUCCUGCCCUGGACCCCCGAAAUGGUCGCGCAGUCGAUGCUCAAUGCUGGCAUAGAGUACUCGGUCGCCGAGCGAUUCGUUCAGAAUGACAUCAACGGUGCGAUUCUCAUUACCCUCAAGUUCGAGGACCUCAAGGAGCUCGACAUUCCCUCCUUUGGCAUGCGCCACAAUGUUUGGCACCAGAUCCAGAACCUGCGCGACAGCCGACCCAGCUCACCGAGGGCGCCGACACCGAUUCAAGACGAGCCGAGCCGCGAGGUGAAGAGGGAGAAGCGCAGGGACGAAGGCGAAGGACUGCUGAGGAAAAAGAGCAGCCGACGGAAGCCCAAGAAGCUGUCGCACGACGACAUCAUCACACCCCUCGAGUCUGUCUCUAUCGUUGGCAUCGAGCAGCACAUCCCCAGGCCGCACUUCUGCUCCAAGGGUGAGAACUGCUCCAAGUACCGAAAGGCACAGCGCCUGAUUGAUGCCUUCCGCAAAGAGCAUCCCUUUGUGGACCUCGAGAGCGGUGCUGUGCUCGUCGCUGGCGAUCCUGGCAACCCCAUGACUGCCCGCGCCCUCGACCCUUCUGAAAUCAUGCGUCCCAUGUCGGAUGCCGUCCCCUCCGUCGUCGCGUCGUCAGACAUCCUCGGCACUGGUGGUGUACCGCCCAUGCAGUACCUGCAGGAGGCUGCGUUGCGUGGUGUGCAAGCGAGAGACCCCCAGGACAACGUCAGGCAGUUCCUCGACUUCCAGCAGUGCAGCGCCAACGAGGUCCCGCCGACGCCCCCUUUUGAGAUUCUGGCCUCGACGAAGGCGCCCAAGGAGGGCCUGCGCGCACUCCCCAAACUCGCCAUCCCAGGCAAGUCACCUCUGCGGCUCGACUCCUCAAGAGCCACGAGCGUGCCACCACCGUCAGUCCCUCAGCCGACGCAGCAACAAUCGUCGUCGUCGUCGUCGCAGGAGCAUGCCUUUGUGCCCUACCGCAUGGACAAGGCCGAACCUCUCUCUCCGGAUCUGAUGACACCCACCAACCCGUACCGCUUCGGUACCCCCUUCUCUGAGAUGGAUGUCCCCGUCACAGCCGUUCCCGUGGAUCACAUUGAGCGUAACGUCUCUCAGUCUGUGCCCCCUGACAUGAACUACCACACCAUUUCCUCCUCCAACCCACCUCCUGCACGAGCCAUGACCCAAUCCCGCGCCUCCGCUCGCCGUCCCUCAUUCCCCGUGCUCCCGGCUCUGGACGAGAACACCGCCACCCCGGUGGUGCGCACCUCGCCAGUCCGUACCUCCCCCGUCCGCGGCUCACCACAGCGCGCCUCCGUCAAGGCCCCUCCCCGCGUUGCCUACCCCUGGUCUCCCGCCACUGAAGGUCGUACUUUCGAGCAGGCCAUCCCGCCCUCGGUGCCCGUCCGCGAGGCCGCCGCCGCCUCGGCGACCUCGAUUGUUGAGACGCCCCUGACUGCCACGACCCUCGACAGUGGCAUCUCCUACCAGGGACCCAUGAAGAAGCGCAAGACGCGCAUGCUCCGUCACGAGUGGAACGACGGCUACUUCACCCUCAAGGGAACGCGCCUGGCCAUGCACAAGGACGCCGUGCACCUCGAGCGCGCCCUCGAAUAUGUUGACAUUGAUGACUACGCCAUUGCGUGCUCGUCGCUCGCGAGCCAGAGCAAGUUGAGCGCCGCGUUUAAGCGCGUGCAUCUCCACUCUGGCAGUCGCGAUCUGGAUAGCGUUGGUGCCUUUGCGUUCCAGCUCAUCCCGCAGGAUAAGAAUGGAAACGGCGUCACGACGAAGCUGAGGAAGAGGGAGUCGGGUUUCUCUUUCAGCGGUGCCACUGUGCCUGCUGAGGGCGUCAACGGAACCGGCAAGACACAUCAUUUCGCGGUGCGCAACCGGGAUGAGAGGAUCGACUGGAUGAGAGAGCUCAUGCUCGCCAAGGCGCUGAGGCAGAAGGGACAGGGCUUUGAAGUGAGCGUUAAUGGGAACAUGAUUUAG